AUGCUGCAGGAGAACGGGCCCCUCCUCAUCAACACCACGGGCGGGCUCAUGAAGAACCCCUACGCCUGGACCAAGCAAGCGAACAUGUUGUUCAUGGAAAGUCCUGGAGGCGUUGGGUAUUCCUUUUGUGCUGCUAUGAAGGCCUGGCUCUCUCAGAGUAUGGCCACUUGA